AUGUCUGGGAAUAAACCAAAUGGAUUCGAUUUAACGAAACCGGAUUUCGACGUGAAUGCCUAUGUUUCUAGUUUAUUAAAAGUUAAAAAGCUCGAUGAGCUUGUCAAAGAAGAAGAAGAAAUGGUCUCGUCUGUUCGACGAUUGGAUUCGGAUGUUCAUCAAAUCGUUUAUGAAAACUAUAACAAGUUUUUAACGGCGACGAGCACUGUUCGGAAGAUUCAAGACGAGUUCAAUCAAUUGGACACUGAAAUGAAAUCUCUUAGUGCGAAUAUGAAAACAAUUUCGAGUCUAAUAGGAGAUCUCGAUGGUGUUCUCGGCGAAAAACGGGAUGAUAUUCUUCAACUGGGAAGCUCGUACAAAGUCGUCAACAGUUUGAAGCACAUUUUCGAUCUUCCGCACGUUUUACAGAAUAAAUUUGACGAUCGCGAUUUCGGUGAAGUUAUUCGACUAUAUAAGCUAGCUGACGAGUCGCUUCGCCGUUAUUCCGAUAUCCCAACUGUCGAAAGAGUAAUUCAAAAAAGCGAAAGAAUCUUCAAAUAUACUGAAGAUCAAUUAAUGCGUCAAUUGCGGAAUCCCGCUUCUGGCGCUGAUGUCGUAGCUCAGGCAGUUGGUCUUUUGUUGCAAAUCGGGCGAGAUCGCGAUGAAGUUCAAAAGGUGCUCUUGAAUUGCUCUGAGCAGUCGCUGAGAUGUGAUCGGAAAGAGUUGGAAUCGAAUCAUUCGGAUGUUCUCGAUCUAGUUGAUAAGGCUUCAGAAACAUUUAUUCCAAAUCUUACCCUAAUUGCAACUACGCAUGACAAGUUGUUUGAAGACAAGAGAGAAGAGCUUCUGCAAAUUCUGAAGAAUGAAAUGAAUUUGCUUCACGAACUGGUUACUAAAGUAUUCCUUUCGUCAAAUGAUGCUAAAGAUUGCUCAAUUGUUGUUCGAGCUCUUGACCGCUAUUUCCGAAAGAUUUCCACUUGUCGAAAUGUUAUUCCAGGUCUUGACUUCUUACCAUCUACAAUUGAAUUGAUUAACCAUGUGUCCAAGCAUGAAAUGGAGCUAUCACUUAUUAGAAUAAGGGAGGAACUUCGAAUGACACUCAGCGAUGUACGGAAGGCACUUUUAAACGAAUCUCGCGACCUUGGAGAACUUGCUGCAAAAAUCGAGCAGACGUUUGUGCAUCAAGUGAAGACGGCGCUAGCCAAUCUCCUUUUAUUCACCGCUAGUGAUGUCACGUUCGCAAGUUUGUCAGCCGAUGAGUUCCGCAACGAAUUUGCAAGAAACGCGCAUGAAUUCUUACUAGUCCAGGCUUUUGAGCGGCUUUUGAAUCUUGCCGACGAAUAUGAAGCUGGCAUAGGCGAUGUUCGAUUCGUUGAUGCGCGAGUUUUACUAGUUUUCGCUGUUUCGCUCCAACAUCUUUCGAAUAAAUCGGCCGUUUAUCUGCUGAAUCUCUGUCGGGAGCAAUUUUCGCUUUCUUCGAAAUCUGAAGAUCUAACAAGUUCGACUGAUGUAACUGCCAAUGUCAAAUCCCGAGCUCAAAAGCUUGUUCGAUGCUACGCCGAAAGAACGGCGCUAGAAUUGGGAGAGAAUCUGGCGAAAGGCUGUGCAAUUCUUGCUCAACCUUCGGCUACACCGAAUUCAGUGAGAGCAGCUGUUCGUCGAUUAGUAGAAGAAGCCAAUUUAUGCGAGAAUGAGCUUACUGUUCUACUUGGCGGUGAAACGAAACAGAAAGAAUCAAGACCUAGUCGUAGACCGUUUGCGACUGCUUUGGAUGCCGCGAGAGAUUCUUUGUGGUGUGAAAGAAUUGAUUUUCAUUCGCAGAUUCAUUUCAAUCGUGCUUCUAUUAUGACUGCCAUAAUCAAAACGGUGCUCAAGAUAUUCAUUGAAACAAUUCGAGUCCAAACAUAUAGUAAAUACGGAGUUGAGCAAGUUCAGGUUGACUGCUAUUACCUCCAACGCGGACUUGCUUCCAUGGUUCUUGAUGAGGUCGUCGUAAACUCGAUGGUAGAUCAAGCCUUGUCCUCUGCUCUCAAACGCUGUUAUGAUCCAGUCCUUGUGCAUCCGUCAAAACUCGCCCAGCUAUGCGAGCAGCCGCAUAGGGCCGGAUCACACUCAUCCAGUCAAGGCUACUAA